AGCCCACAGCGAUAACGCAAUGCCUACACACCGCGGCACGGCACUUGACGGCGGCGACGUAUCAGACACCCAGGUGGGACCACGCGAAGCAAACGCGGGUGGCUCUUGAUCAAUCAUGCUUUUUCUCCCCUUUCGCUCAAAGCGCGGAUGCACGGUGACAUUUCCCUCCUUUCUUAAAGACCGUUAGUCACGUCGCCUUUCGAAUUAAGGCUGGCGACGAGAAGACGUCCCAGUAACAGGGCGCGAAGUACCGCGCAAACAGUCCCGACUUGUAUUAGAAGAGCUCCGUCAGACAUUGUAGAGUCCGGUUCUCGCAUGACGCGCGGAUCCGUGCGCCAAGUUUCGAAGUGAGUCGUCCGACAAACGGGAGCCACCACGAGAUCGUCAAUCGUAGGGGGUUAUCGGAGGACUCCAGUAUUGCCAAGCCAUGGGUCGUGGCACCUACAACACGAUCCUGAUCGUGGUGUUGGUGCUGAACCUGCUCUUCUGGAUGGUGGUAAUCCUGUGGCGUGUGUACAUCCUCAAGCGGACGCGGGACCAGAUACGACGCCAGCGGCGCCAGGCGGCCGAGGCCUUCUCCAACCCGUCGCUGGUCACGUGCGAAGGAACAGGUGUUCUUCCUGGUUCAGCAUCUCGAGAUGGCCGCGAGCGGCCGUUUGUGUUGGCGACACCUCGCAAUGAGCUGCCACCUCCCUAUGAUGAAGCAAUCAAGUAUCCAUCCCUGGACUGGACGAACUCCGGCUGCGAGCUACCAACCCUGCACACAAAUGUGCCAGGCAGCGGAGGAGGCGGAACGGGACCAGCGCGACUCGCACCCCAGCAGCAGCAGCAACACUCUCCUGAUCCCAGCAGACCCCCUGUUCCACCAAGACCCAGCCGACUGCCAUCUGCAAGGCCUCUGGCCCAAGCGAACUCAUCAGCCAUGACCGAGGCGGCCACCUUGCCUACCUACGAAGAAUUACAGAGACGGGGCACUGUGCCUAACCCAGAAAUAGUGCUCACUGUUUCAAGCCACGUUCGCAACCAGAGCGCUUGAAUGCGGCACUACGGUGAUUACUGCAGCCUACGACGACUGUACGCCUCGCUCAGGAAAGCAGAGUGCACGGUGCGCGAUGUUGUCCUGGAGGCGUCCUGCUGAUCUCAAGUGUUUAGGGUGCUCUCAUUCAGUACAUAUGAUUGUUCACUUAAAGCUUACCACAGGUUGGCUUCGAUAAACGGAGUACCAGGCUGGGAGCAUGUUGAGAACAUGUGUUCCAGUUGCUAGGCGUGGUUCUAGUCAGAAAUUCAGUUGGCAAAGCCACGUUUGCAGUCUGAACAAAUGCACCUAUCCCAUGCUGCUAAAUGCGGUGGCUGCUUUUUGAAUGUCAACAAAAAAGUAACAAUGUUACAUAACGUGGGGAGGGACAUCCCCCGGGUUCGCGCAUCUCGAUCAGACGCUACAUGUGCAUUAAACGUGUAAUUCAAAUACCAAGCUAUAAAUGCCACCAGCAAACUGAAUAUGCUGCUGCGGUGAAUUUCUCAUACUAGCAUUUCAUGGUGCAGGUCGCUACAGAAAGAAAGGCUGGUCAGUGAGAUGAAGUGAAGAAGCACUGACUAUUGACCGUAUGAAAACAGUAGGGUGUCUUCUCAAUAGGUGUAAAACAUAACGCACUGCAAGUGUGCAGUAAAUGCCAGUGACAGGGCAAAGUGCCUUAAUACCAACUGACACAACGGUUACAUGUCCUUUAUAAGCAAGUUUAAACAAAGCUUGAAACUAUAGAAGAGCAUGGUUGUGAUUGCAUGCCCAUUGAAGACCUUCCAAGUGCCUUGCGCUGAAUGGCUGGUGACCAAAGCGAGUCUUCCCUGCUCCAGUGAACUGUAGCGUGGCACAAAUGGAGCACCGAGUAAACAUUAAGUUUCGUGCGCUCUUUGUUGUGUCAUGACUCAACUGUGUGUGAUGAAGAUCAACGUGCCUUCUGUUACUUCGGUGAAGAAUAGAGGCACAUGAAGAAGAAAUCAGCAUGAACAUGGUUCCUGUUAUCCUUGUUAUCUUUGCACUCCCGAAGUUGCCAAAGAGGUACUUGUUUGUCUCAA